GGCAUAUAUCUGAGAAAAUGGUUGGAUGAAUCAGACUCGUCCUUGGCAUGGGAAAGGGUUAAGUUCGACUAGUCUUGAAAUGUGCUUUCUAAAUUGAAAGAGGACAAUGCAGCACUGAAAGGGUACAUAUUUAAACACAUUGUUCUAAAUGUUUGUAUAACUGAGGCUUCUUUUAACCAACAAAAAGUGGUACUACAAGCUGGGAAUCGUGUCAGAAAUAGCAGCCGGCGUUCUCUCUGUUGCAGUGAUGCCAAUCAGGGCUUGAAGGAUGCCAUGCUGAACCUCGCUGAAGAGCUUACCCAGGAGCGAUCGCAGAAGGAGAACAGAGUUGAUAAUGAUGCACAAACAGAGGAGACUGAAACGGUCGAUACCAACAUGCAGACAGAAUAUGCAACCAAGGUCGAUACCAACAUGCAGACAGAAUAUGCAACCAAGGUUGAUUGUGACCUGCAGACUGAUGACAUACCUGAAGUAAACUUGAACUUGCAGCCAAAGGUUGAUUGCGAAGUGCAAACAGCCAACACAAGCGACGACGAAUUCCUGUCCAAGCUCGCAGGUGCGCAUCUCGAAAUAAACCGACUGAAUUUGUCAUUACGCCGACUCAACUUUGAAAAAGAAGCUCUUCAGGAAAGCCACAAGGAUUGUGAAGGAACAAGAGCCGAGGAGGAACACACACGCUUGGACCUGGAAAGGCGGGUGGAGCAACUGCUGGACCAGGUGCGCUAUUUCUCUGUGGUGGUUCAGCUUGAGCACUCAGUUGAGUCUGAUGUUCGGUGAUCCAAGACGAGACUUAUUCAUGAUCUAUUUGGCCAAAGUACAAGCAUAUAUCA